AUGGUGGUGACUCCCCAAGAGCCAGACGGAGUACCAUCCAACAUCACAACACCUCCACCGGUCAUCACAAAAGGUCAGUCCAACAGAAAAUAUAGGUCUAACUUAGUUUUUUCCCUGACCAAGAAGACAACUAGACAUCAGUUGACGGCACAAGGCAUUAAAGCGUUACAGGUAAUGGUUACUGUAAUGUUGUAUGGUACAACCUUGUAGCUAACCGGUUGUGUUGUCCUGUGUAGCUCAAAGCAGAGGCUGAGCCCCCUACAGGGUAGCCUCGUCGCUGCAGAUGGUCCAAACCCAGACCUGCUGCCCCCCUUCCACCCGUACCAGCCCCUGGAGUGAAUCGUGGGAUAGACAGAGGGCAAGCUGAACGAGCUGGGCCAGAGGAUCUCAGCCAUAGAGAAGGCCCAGCUGCAGAAGAAGAAGAUCCUCAAGGAGCAGUUCACUGAA